CCCUCCCCAGAUCCACCCAUCCAUCCCGAGACGAGCGGAAAAUCUCCCCACCCCCAAAAAAUCCCAAAACCCUAGGCUUCGGAUCUCCCGAUCUCGAUGGCGAACCCCCGCGUGUUCUUCGACAUGACCGUCGGCGGCGCCCCGGCCGGCCGCAUCGUGAUGGAGCUGUACGCCAACGAGGUCCCCCGCACCGCCGAGAACUUCCGCGCCCUCUGCACGGGCGAGAAGGGCGUGGGCAGGAGGGGCAAGCCGCUCCACUACAAGGGCUCCACCUUCCACCGCGUCAUCCCCGACUUCAUGUGCCAGGGCGGCGACUUCACCAACGGCAACGGCACCGGCGGCGAGUCCAUCUACGGCGAGAAGUUCGCCGACGAGAAGUUCGUCCGCAAGCACACGGGCCCCGGGGUGCUCUCCAUGGCCAACGCCGGCCCCAACACCAACGGCUCCCAGUUCUUCAUCUGCACCGUGGCCACCCCGUGGCUCGACGGCAAGCACGUUGUCUUCGGACAGGUCGUCGAGGGCAUGGACGUCGUCAAGGCCAUCGAGAAGGUGGGCUCCCGCAGCGGCUCCACCGCCAAGGUGGUCAAGAUCGCAGACUGCGGGCAGCUCGCCUAGAUCCUCGAUCGGAUCUGUCUGCCCGGCCGCCCUCCCUCCGUCGUCGUCGUCGUCGGUUCCGCCUUCGUCCCUCCCUUCCAUUCGAUCUGUUCCCUCUGAAUAAGACGACGGUGAUCUGAGUUGAGUCGUGUCGAGUCGUUUAUCGUGGUUUAAUUAGGGGUUUAGGUGCUGGAUCUGCGAAUCAGCAUGUGAUGGAUGGUGUCUCUGCCUGAUCCGUGUUUCUGCUGUUAUGGUAUGGUCUCGAGGAAUGAGAACUGGAACUUCCCUUUAGUGUUUCGGAAUUGUUCUACUUGUGUGAUGCGCCUUUGUGAAAUUUUAAUUUCUAAUGCUUUUCUGUGAA